AUGUCGAACGUCGACGUCGACAAGCUGGCCAUGAUAAUGAGCUCCCAAAAAGCGCGGCAGCAGAGCAGUCUCUGGAGCGUGGGAGAAAUGGCCAAGAACAAUUGGCGAAAUUGGGAAUUGCCGAUUCGCCUCAGGCGGCCGUGCCGAAAUGCGCUGUGCAGUAGGCAGCUCCGCCCCCUCGCCAAAACUGGGUUCGGCUACUCCGACCUCCAAUCAGAAACCGACGCUGCUCAGCACGUUCCCUCUCACUUGCAUCCUCGACCAGCCGCCACUUCGCGACGUGACACUUCUCCAGGCGGAGACAGAGGCGAGCUCAUCCCGCUGCAGUCUUUCGCUCCGUCACUCGCAUCCACUUUCGACACACACCCUAGAUUCUCAGCGCUACAGCAACACAUACGAUCCCAUUUCGAACAGCACGGCACCAUGAAGUUCUCACACAGUCUGCAAUUCAACGCCGUCCCGGACUGGGCCGACAAGUACGUCGCCUACUCCAACCUCAAAAAGACCAUCUACAUGAUGGAGAAGGAGCUACCCUCGGAACCGAAUGCCGCCUACUCUGAUCUGGAGCACGAAUCUUCAGGCCUCUUGCAGGGUGCCGACACUAGCGAGACCGAUCGUGCCUUCGUUCCUCUCCUAGACAAGGAGCUCAACAAAAUUGUCGAGUUCUACCUCGAAAAGGAUGCAGAGCUUCGAGCCGAUCUUCAGCAGCUCAAAGACGAUGUCGAAAGAACAGAAAACGAAGAUUUUGAUCUCGAUUCCGACUUUGGGUUGAGCGACGACGACGACGAUGACGAAGCUGUUGAUACCGUGCGAACGGGCAAGGCGAGCACCAACCGUCGACCUAGCAUCGACGACGUCUUUUCCCAGCCAAGCAAGUACAACGAGGCUUCUCGCCAAGAGCAGCGUAUGCGCGAAGGUUCCGGUCCAUCACGAUCGCGCAAGGACAGCCGUGCCACCACCGAAGACGGCAGCACGCCCGCCAGACCUCCCAACAGCCGCAAUCGAUCGAGCCAGCUCCUCGAUCAGUCGGCUGACUCGGCAGACAUCGGAGGAGACGCCUCUGGCUUUGCAAAGCGCGCACGUAGCGGCUCUAAUGCCAGCCAGAUGGCGUCCAAGCCCCGCUGGGGAAGCAUUUUCAGUAAGAAGCCCGUUCGACGUCGCUCGCUCGGCCUCAUGCUUGCCGGAGACGAUUCAGCCAACAAUGGCGCGAUGGACCGUCUCGCUCCCGGCUCCAGUGAUGCGGGCGACAGCAGCUAUGCCGCAGGCGAUGCAAAACCCAUGUCCAUCUGGACUGCCGACAACGACUACGCGAUCGACAUGCGCAUCACCUUCAAGAAGCGCAUCACCGACCUCUUCGUAACCUUUUCGGAACUCAAGCAAUUCGUACAACUCAACGAGACGGGUAUGCGCAAGAUUCUCAAGAAGUACGACAAGAUUACCAAAUCCGACCUCAAAGACCGAUACAUGAACGACGUCCUGCGUGCUCAGCAGCCCUUCACCUCGGAGGCGAAGCGCAGCCUCGACGAAUGCAUCGAUACGCUGAUCCAGCUUUAUGCCAAGGUGGUGACCGGCGGUGACAUUGGUGCAUCCAAGAGCCAGCUCAAGACGCAUCUGCGCGAACAGGUCGUUUGGCAGAGGAACACGGUGUGGAGGGAGAUGAUCGGCAUCGAGAGGAGGGCGCAGGGAGCUGCUCUGGAGAGGACCGUCAUGGGCUCGGGCAAGAGGGACGAGUUUGAACCAAAGAAGCCGUUCAGAUUGCGUACGCCGUGCGGCAGCUUGAUGGUCCCGAGCUGGCUGAGCAUGAGCACGUUGCAUCUCGUCAUCGCUUUUACGGCACUCGUUGCGCUGCUCAAGGCCCCUGGCCUGCGUUUCUUCAACCGGGUCGAAGAACAGAAUUGCUUGGCGAUGCUCGUGUUCUGCACCAUCCUUUGGGCAACCGAAGUGAUCCCGCUCUUUGUGACCUCGCUCAUGGUGCCGCUCCUCGUGGUGACGCUUCGUGUCGCCCGUACCGACGACGUCAAGGACCGCCGCAUGACGGCACCCGAGACGACCAAAUGGAUCUUUUCGCAGAUGUUCGCGCCCAACAUGUGUCUCUUGCUCGGGGGCUUCACCUUGGCUGCGGCGCUUUCCAAGUACGGUAUCGACAAGAUUCUCGCCACCAAGAUCCUGCGUCUGGCAGGCACCCGUCCGAGCAUCGUGCUGCUGGCUCACAUGGGAGUAGCCUGCUUCGCCUCCAUGUGGAUCAGCAACGUGGCUGCGCCCGUGCUCAUGUACUCGCUCAUCCAGCCCAUCCUGCGUACGCUGCCGUCCAAGUCGCCAUACGCGUCUAGCUUGAUCAUGGGCAUCGCGCUCGCAUCCAACAUUGGUGGUCAGACUUCGCCCAUUGCGUCUCCGCAGAACUUGAUCGCGCUGCAGUACAUGAAGCAGCCGGUGGGCUGGUUGCAGUGGUUUGCCGUCACGAUUCCGGUGUCGGGGUUGUCGCUGGUGGUGAUCUGGUUGAUCUUGCUCUGGUCGUACGGUGCCGGGAGGGGUACGGUGAUCAAGAAGUUGGGAGAGUCAAGGGAUUCGUUUACCAAGAUUCAGUGGUUCAUCUCUGCGGUGGCUAUUUGCACUAUCGCGUUGUGGUGUUUGGAGAAGAACUUCGAGUGGGUGGUGGGUGAUAUGGGAAUCAUCGCCAUCAUUCCGAUGGUGCUGUUCUUCGGGACGGGGAUCUUGACGAAGGAGGACUUCAACACUUUCCUCUGGACGGUUGUCUUCCUUGCUAUGGGAGGCAUUGCGCUCGGAAAAGCCGUAACAUCGUCGGGCCUGCUCGAGUCGCUCGACGAUCUCAUCCAGGAGAUUGUCAAGGAGCUACCUCUGUGGCAGAUUCUCAUCGCGCUUCUGUCGAUCGGGUUGGUGGUGGCCACGUUCAUCAGCCACACCAUUGCAGCUGUUCUGCUGGUGCCGAUUGCGGCGCAGGUGGGAGAGUCAUUGGAGCACCCGCAUCCGAGGUUGCUGAUCAUGGCGACGACGUUGGUGGCGAGCGCGGCGAUGGGAUUGCCGGUGAGUGGAUAUCCGAACCAGAUCGCGGUGUCGAUGGAGGACGAUUUGGGGGAUAGGUAUGUGAGUGUGAAGGAUUUCUUGAAGGUGGGCAUCUUUGCGAGUGUGGUGGCGACGGUGAUUGUGGGGACGAUUGGGGUGAGUAUAAUGUAUGCGUUGCAGUUUUAG